AUGGAUCAUCCAGGUUGGAUAGUGUGGGUGCACACAUGCCAUUUCAUUCGAUGGCACUUUUAUUAAUUUGCAACCUUACCAACCUGCCGACUCCAGUUGACCCAGUGUAUUCCACACUUCAUUUGUCGACAGCGUCUGUAGGAAAAACAACUUUUUUCUUUUUUUCAGUGACCGCAAACCAGCAUCCAGUACUCAUGAAACGACUAUUGAUCCACCACCUUGAUUGUUUGUUGUUGACCCCCAUCACUUCGUUGGCGGAGUGACAGCAUGGCUCAAAACACAUCAGCUUGGCAGCAAAUAUAAAAAGUAAUUACGCCCUGACCUCCAAAGUCACCCACAUUUGGCAGGUUAUGGUUCUCGCAAUUUUUUCCCAAUGACAUGCAAUUUUCAUAAUGCCGUGUUUUUCACCACCACAUAAAACCAUGCCAGAUCCUCCCAAUUUAAUAAUAUCGUUGCCCAGGCGAACACUCAUCAUCGC